UUUUGGUGUGCCUUAGGAGGUUUGGUAUUGGGUGGAAUUGUUGUCAUCUCAUAUUGGAUAAGACGAUGCAGGACACUUGUAGCGAGGUCAACGAUCCAGCGGCAGCGGCGCAUCCGGAGCCGGAGCUCAUCAUCAACUGCCAUCGGGGGGACGACAGGCGGGAUCAGCGGGAUCAGCGCGAACGGGAUCAUCUCCCGCGGGAUAGCAAAGUCAUCACCCGAUCACAAUCAUCGGCGUCGGCGCCGUCGCAUGCUCCAGUGCAUCAACUGAAGCAGCAGCAGUCUCUGCCCACCCCACUCACCCAGAAACCGGAUCCACAGUCUCAACACCAUAAUCCGCACGCCUCCAAGUCCGUCUCGAUUCUAGUCUACAAGACCUUGAACACGGUCUUCAAGAGCAGUCGCAAGAUCAUCGUUCGCGUUUGUGAGGUGGCUAGCGCCAAGAAGUCCUUCACCAUGUUCAAGUUCAACAAGGCGGCCCAGCAGCAGAGGAUCGACAAUAGGGCGAGUGCCGUCACAGGGCAUGACCCCUUUGUCCGACCGCCGGUGCCCGAAAAGAAGGUGAAGCAUAUUAUGAAGAAGCUGCACAAGGCGAAUGGACUGAAACGCUCCAACUCGGCUAUCGAGUUUGAUGUCUCUGCCUUGACAGCCGCCAAUCGCCGCCAGAUCUACAGCAGCAAUCGGUCGGCGAGCUCGGAGCAAGAUAACUCAGAUCAGUCCGAGCAUUCGGAGAAAUCGCCGCUGGUUAGCGCGAGGUUAGACAAUCUAGCUAGGCUCUUCUUUAGCAAGUCGAUGCCAGCGGAAACCGGAAGUAGAGAUACCAUAGAUUCAGUACUGACAACAAGGCCCAACAUCAAAUACCAGUACUCCGCCUUGGACAGUGGCAAUGGGAUCGUGGAGCGCAGUCCCAGGGAGCGAGCUCAAAGGGAGAAGGCCCUCAAUGCCACCCAGGAGUGGAUUCAGAGUGCCAAUGGGCGCUACGAGGUGAUUGCCCACCUGGAUGAAAUAGGUUCGAGGCACGGAAAAAACUGGUUUCUGGUUACAGAUGCUUCGGUUCGCACAGAUCGUCUGCAGACUCUGCUGCCUCUGCCACCCGACUGCGUGGCCUUCGAGGAUCUGCCGCCCAACGAAUGUGCCAGGGAUAUCCUUAUGGAGCUGCUGGGCUCACUGCAUCACCCGUACAUAUAUCCUGUGCUGGACCUGGGAUUCUUGCGCAACAGCUCGUAUAACUACGCGUGUCUGGUGACGCCAUUCAACUCGCGCGGCAGCCUCAAGGAUCUCAUUUAUAAGGCACAGUGGAACGAGCCGUGGGCCAAGAAGUAUACGCGUAAGCCAAAUGGACUGCCAGUGAGCCAAGUGCAGCGACUGGGCCGUCAGAUCCUGGAGGCUCUCCUCUUCCUAAAGGAGCGCGGCUUUCCGCUUCACGGUCACCUGCACAGCGGCAAUGUCAUCCUGCAAAACGGCGCCGCCAGGUUAUCGGGCUUGGAGAACGGCCUGCUCGGCCUCAGUUCGCGCAUCAACGCCGUCAUGUGGUCCCGCUCGGUGACCGAAAUCGAGAAUGUCGACAUCGUCUGCUUCGGCCAUCUGCUCUACGAGAUGUGCACGGGCCAGGAGCUGACCACCCCCAAGCCGUCCAUGCGGGUGCUCGAGAUGGAGCUGCAGCACUAUCCACAAAUUGGCCAGAUUCUUGAGAUAUUAGGUCUAAUUUUUGAACCGCCUAGCGGUGUGUGCCCCUCCGUUGAGGACCUAGUCCUAUGCGAUCUCUUUCGCAGCAUCGAUUUGCGCGAGCUGCGAGGUCCCUGUUUCAGUACAAUUAAGCCGAGCCUCAGUAGGUCCACCCUGAACCUGCUGCACGCCGUGAAGAAGCGCCAAUGCGCCUCGUUGGGGCAUUCCCUCAGCGAGGCCAACUCCCCCUGUACGCCACCCUCCACGCCGCACGAUCGACGCACUGGGAUCAGUCGAACAAUGGACUCAUUUGACAUAUCAAGCGACUCGGAAGAGGGUCUGCUCGAGGAGAUUGUCGUUGGAGGAAGCUGCCACCGGCAGCACUUGCUCCGCCUGCAGCAAUGGCACUCCGCCCACUCGUAUAUUCACUCGUACGAGCCCUCGGAGUCACCGAUUCAUUAUUGUGACCCGGCUGCCCUCUACUCGGAUGAUAAUAGUCAUGAGCCGGGCCAGGACACCCAGCCGCCCACCAUUCGUUGCAGCACCAGCAGCCAGAGCAACCUGAAUGUCAUUCUGGCCGAAGGCGGGUGCCUAACCGAAGAGGAAGAGGAGGUGGAGGAGAGUGUCCAGGAGGCGGAGGAGUGCGAGGAGGAGGCCAGUGGCUCGUCCUCAGUUGGAGCCCAGAGGCUGCAGGCUCCGGCCUGCUCUUCCAGCUCGGCUGGGGCCUCCUUCAACCACCAACUCACAGCCGACAUGUGCAACUACAAGAACUCAAAGAGCCGGCGGCUGGAGUACUCCCUGAAAUGCCUCAAAUACGGACGCAGCAAUCCUUCGCAGGACUCGGCCUUCGGUUCCCUGACCGACAAUGACCUCUCCAUCGGUUCGUCCAGCAUCCGGCUGAGCAGUUUCCAGUCCAUCUCCUCGCCCAUCGACGAAGGUGUCGAGGACAUCAUCAUAGCCACCACAACGGGUGGCAACGAAACAUGCCUGGAGUUGGCAACCAUUCCCAGGAGUAUGGUGUCGCAGGACUCGGCCAUAUCUUCGCCAUGUCGCGAGAGUUCCCCCAACAACUUUCUGCACAUCGAUGAUGCCAUGUCGGGGACGGGCUCCACUUCGUCGGGCUCGGGUUGCGGAUCUUUUGGAAAUAUUCGACCCCAACAGUUUCCCGUCUCUCUUUCCCCGAAAAUCUUUGUUACAGCUACCAGUAACUCGAGCAGCUCUUCGCUGGCCUCCACCAGCAAUGCGUGUCAAGGUCAGGGUCAGGGACAAGGUCAGGGGCAUUACCAGCAGCAACAGCAAUUCGAUCCGCCCAAGAUCCUGGUCAAUGAUCAGAAUUCCAUCUACACCACAUCGCCCUCGAAGCGAUCUGGUAUGAUAGAGGUCUUUUCGCAGAAAUAUCGGGUGAGCUCCUUCGAGGACAUGUCUCCCAAGCGAACAUCCGACAAGCAGCACCUAAAGCACGUUAACCGCCUGGCAUUUCGAUCCUUGGAGGAGGAGCGCCGCAUCGACAACGCCUUCCUGCCGAUGGCAGAUCGGACUCACUCCGACAAUCGCGUCAACAUGCAGAGCGAAAAGUAUAAGAAACUGACCCACGCCUCCUUCCGGAUCAGCAAGGGCCAGGGCCAGGGCCAGGACUCGCCCACGGCGACGCCCACCAGCCAAACGCCGCCCAGCCACCCGGGCAACUGCAUGGAGAUGCAGAGAACCGGAAGGCAGACGCUCUGGCGGGAUAGCAAAUUCUACAGGAAGAACAGGAUAGCGAAGAGCAAUGACUCCCUGAUGGAGAACAAUCCUUCGCCCAGGAUAUCGCCCUGUUCCUUGCGGGACAAUCAAUACGAGAGCCGGAGCAGCUCGCAGGCCAGCCGAAGGUCCUUGAGUGGCAGCCAGCAAAUGCUGAGUGUUACCACAAGUUUUUGCGGCAAUGGCAGUGGCUCGAGAAACUCGGCCAGAUACUGUAGCUCCAAAAGCGAGGAUCUGGGCGAAUCCUCCGACUAUUUGAGGGUCAUGGACGCCCGGAAAUCAUAUUCGGAACGUCACUUGGUGCGACUCAAGCAAACGGCCAUAAACAACACACACAGCGAGGACGAGAUGAGCUUCAACGAUGACAAUAAUCCAACGGUAUCAUCGCAGGGUCAAGGUGAAAAGCAGCAUCACUACAAUCAGAAUCAGAUUCAGAAUCAAAAUCAGAGCCAGGGUCAGCACCACCAGCAGAAGCACUACAAGGCACCGGGUGGCAGGUGGAGCAGCAGCUGCUCCAUUGGCGGCCACCUGAAGACGACCAAUAUAAAGACCACCUCGCUGUCCGCUCAGUCCAGCCAAUCGAAUUUAGUGGCCACCGCGGCGGCACAGGCAACUGCCAGUUACAGGACACCUUCGAAGUCCCUCGAUCAGAGCAUCCAGAACAUCCAAAACAUCCCGAACAUCCCGAAUCCCACCACCAGUAGCAACAGCAGCAGCAGUUCUAGUUCGGUGGACGAGUCCCCCUCACGACUGACUCUGAGCGGUGUCGAUUUGUCCAGGAUCUUUGUGAUGGACAUGGACGAUGCCCCCGGGAGCAGUUGUAGCGAGGAGAAGACUCCACUCCUGGACAGUGUGGAAAUGUCGCCGAUCAGCCCGACCGAUCCAGAGGAGCCUGAUCUGAACCAGCUCUAAAGCAGCUCUCUCACAUAACGUACCAUAAUUAUUAGAGCCAUCUUAGUCAAGCUGCAAGAAUCCUGGCAACAGGAUAAUAAAUCAUAUUACUCGACACACACUCGCACACACACCCAGACACGUUUUGAGCAGCCGAAAUGCAAAGCAUGUGAUAAAGAAACCAAAAAUAUGUAACAGAAAUCGAAAGAGGAACCAUCAAGUUAUAGAACUAUUAGGAAUAGGUACGUCAUGACACUAGAGCGGAGGUUGUAAAAACACAGGGAAACAGGAUACCCAAUAACUUUUAUAUUUAAUAAUUUAAAAUUUAUUUAUUUAUAUUCAUUAUCGAUAAUCUAUUCUAAAAGAGAAGUAAUCCCUGGACACAUAGUUUCAAUUAUUAUUUUUGUAAAAUAUUUAGUUUCCGAAACCUCCCUCUUGAAAAGUCAAAUGUUGGUUAAUAUAAGCAGGUAUUACACACUCAUUUUCACCCACACUGGAAAAAAUAUACACAAUUGGGCUGCUUCUGCCUUUGCUAAAUCCACACUCAAAGCUUUCUUCUGGUAACAAUAAUAUUUUUCUCUUUAUAUUGAACUUUAGCCGGUUGCUUUUACAGCAACGCGAAAAUUAACUAGAAUAUCUCUCCACUGACUAGCUAAUCUCUAGACUGCUAAGCCACACGAGAAGACACAACCAACAAACAGACAAAUUAUUAUAGAA